UACGUUCAAUUGUGAGUGUGCUGAAAAAUAGUUCAAUACAAUCAAGAUUGCUUAACAAAUAUGACACAAGAAUUGCUUCGUCGACUAGACACUUUAAACUACUAUUUACAGACGUUCAAACAUCCACCAAAUAUACGAAACUUUUUUCAAAAAGAAGAAAUUGAACUUCUCCUCUCGCAUUCUAUUACUUGUAGCUAUAACUGUGACCAACGUUUCUCAGGACUGACUAUCACGAAUAUUGUGAUCAAAGCCGGCUACAAGGAUGAGCCCGACGUUGAUAAAGAUGGCAAGCCAUCGCCACGUCGCACUACACCAAUCCAUCGUGCAAAGCUAACCAACAGCAAUUAUUAUACAGUCAGUGACCUAUUUAAAAUAUAUGACAGGUUUGACGUUAAUUACACUGACGAGUCUGGCCUUACACAUUUCCAUAUGGCCUGUAAGUUUAGCUGUUAUGAAGCCAUCGAAAAAUUUCUUGGGUUCGGCCACGAUCCCAACCUACUAGUGCCAGAGACAGGCGAUUCGCCGCUACACUUGGCCAUUCGAAACUGUAAGAAGUAUGACGUAGUCAAAUUGCUAUUGAGACAUGGCGCAGACCCAAAUAUGGCCAACAAGGAUGGUUCGACUCCUCUGCAUUAUUUUUACCAGAACGGCUACAAUGUAUACAACGAUAUCUUGAUAAAAAUGUUUUUUGAAAUUUGCGACGAAAAACAACAGUUGGUGCAGGUCGAUGUCCAGGAUAAAUUUGGCAACACACCUUUGCACUUGGCAAUGCAAUUUUUCUACAUGAAAACCAACGAGAUGGCUGAAUUGCUGCUAAGAAGAGGCGCGAAUCCGAAUUCAACCAAUGCGGAAGGAUCGACACCUCUGCACAUUAUAGUUCGUAAUCGUCGUGACAAAGAUGACUUGGUGAACAUUUUAUUCGAGAUCAGUAAGGAAAAACAUCAACUGGUGCAGGUCGACGCUCGAGACGAGAAGGGUCGAACACCGUUGCAAUGGGCCGUAGCUAAUUUUUAUCCAAAUUUGGUCGGUAUACUCUUGGAUCAUGGUGCUGAUAUGUCCAGCUUCGUUUUUCCCGAUGAGAGUUACUUCGCGUGCUCCAAGUUCGGCAAGAGAUUUAGUCUCGACGCCCUGACGAUCAUGAAAGAAUUAUCCGACUACAGAUUGUUUGAGAUUUCGUCCGAUCUUUUCGAGCAUCGGUUUGAUGAUGAAGAGUUCGAAAAAGCGAAAAAUAUAAUGAUGAGGCCGGACCUGUCGCUCUACGACCUUAUGAAGUUACGACCCGAAACAGGUGGAAAAAUAGUCACACAUUCGAACUACUUGGAGUUUGGAUGCUCGGAAAAAUUGGAUAAACUCAGUAUAAGGCUCAGAGAAGCUUGUUUAGUAAAUAUAUUCGAGAAAUUAUGGAGAAAAUUUUUCUUGAGUUGGGCACUUGAACCUUUCAUUGAGCUGACACAUUACCGACUGCCGAUUCUCUGCUGUGAAAUGAUCAUCGAGCCAUUGAAAAACGAAGAUUUAUAUAAUAUUUGCUUGGCGGCUGAAAGACAGAGUUCGUGA